UCAGAUUUUUCACCACAAAACAAUAAAAAAGAAAACAUUCGACAUUAAAAUUUAAGAAAAUUCUCAAAAAAAGAUGUCGAUGUUCUCAACAGCUCUUAUUCUUCGUACAAGGAAUAUUGCGAGAUUGAGUGCUCUUCAGUUACCAUCAAGAAAUGCUCAAUUGUUUCGUCAAUAUGCCACAAAAAUUACCGAACCUAAGAAAAAAUCAUCAACAUUGAAAUUAUUGCUGAUUGGUGGUGCUAUUGGAGGAACUAUCGGUACUGUAUAUUCUGCAUAUGAUAAUAUUGGAAAGAAAAAAGCAACAACUAAGGAUCUUACGCCUACAAUUUUAAAAGAAAAACCUGAUGUACCGGUAAUGAGAAAAAUCAUUAAUCCAAAUGACAAAACUGGACUUGACAUAAUCUUGUUUCAAUUCCAAACGUGUCCAUUCUGUUGUAAAGUUCGUGCAUUUCUUGAUUAUUCUGGACUUUCCUAUUCCGUGGUUGAAGUUGAUGCUGUUUUGAGGCAAAGCAUUAAAUGGUCACAAUCCAAAAAAGUUCCUAUUGUCCUUGUUCGAUCAAAAGAUGGAGAUUAUGUCCAAUUGAAUGAUUCAAGCAUGAUCAUCUCAGCAAUAUCAAGCAUUCUUGUAGAUCCAGUUAAAAAUGACAUUAAAGAUGUCCAAAAAUACUAUCCAGUGCAAAAGUUUGAGGAUGUCUAUGGGACACUUUUUGACAUUGCUAAUAAAUAUUUCCUCAUGUUUCAAGAUAAAAAGCCAAAGAUUUCAAAAGAAUUGUUCGAUGAGGAACGAAAAUAUCGAAGCUGGACUGAUAACCAUUUAGUUCAUCUCAUUUCACCUAAUGUCUAUAGAACUUAUGGUGAAGCACGUGAGACAUUUGAAUGGUUCUCAGAUGUUGGUCAAUGGAAUGUUUACUUCCCAGAAUGGGAACGCAACUUAAUGGUUCAUGUUGGAACAUUUGCGAUGUGGCUUAUUAGUAAGCGUCUCAAGAAGAAGCAUGGUCUCACUGAUGAUGUUCGUAUACACUUAUAUGAUGCAUGUGAUAAAUGGAUGGGUGCCCUUGAGAAGAAACAAACAACAUUCUUGGGUGGAAAAGAACCGAACCUUGCAGAUCUCUCAGUUUUUGGUGUCCUUUGUAGUAUGGAAGGUUGUGAAGCUUUUCAAGAUUGCUUAGACAACACAAAAUUAGGAAAAUGGUUUUAUGAUGUGAAGGCAAAAGUUGAAAGUAAUCGAGGAUAUCGAGUGCCUGUUAGUUUUUAUGAGUUACAAUAAGUUUGUGACAUCAUGGAUUUAUGGUUUGCUUCUUAAUUUUAUUCAGUUUUUGUAUUAUUAGAGUAAAAUAAAUUAGAAGAAUUCAAACUCAGUUUUGAUCGUUG